AUGUUUCCCGUAUUUAAUUAUUCACUCACAGGUUUGGUAGUUCCUAACAAUUCCUCACCUUAUGCUCUCUAUUGGUUUGUUGUGCAGGAGUUACAGAAGACUGUUAUGGAAAAACUCAAACGAGAAACUUGGAUGCGGAGGUGGCUCGAGGCACAGAAAUCCAUUGAUUUACAGAUUGACAUUCUUCAACGUCUUCUUAAACUGCUAAAGGGAGAUGAUGGCCUUUUAACACUUCUGCGCCACCUACACGAUAGCGACAUUCUGCCAGUUGAAAAUCGCCUCCCAAUUGAGGGAAUAACCCUAGGCGAAAACCUUCCGUCUGAAUUAUGUGCCGCUCGUAAGGCUCAAGAAAAUUUUGUCGCCAGUGUUACAGGCGAUCUGGAAGUUCUAGGUGAAAUUGCACAGCAGUUAGACGACCUGGCCUCCGUUGUCUUUUCGUCAACCGAUUGGCUUGCAAAUGAAGACGUUAUUGCCAAGUUAUCUGAGGCUGGCCAUCUCUGUCUUUACUUAACGUCCCUUCGUGUGCACCGUCUGCAACAGGAAAUGGCCCAAAAACUCAGCAUUUUCUCGUCAUAA